AGCGACUACUAUUAGUUAAAAAGUCGACUUCAACCUUUGAACAACGUGAGCGCAUCGCAAGCAAUAAAUUCAAAGUAAAAUGUUUUUUAUUUUGCUUUUGUUGGGUGCCAUUACUUUAUUUUAUGUUUGGUUAAAAUGGAACUAUUCGCACUGGAAGCGAAACAAUGUACCUGGACCGGAUCCAACCUAUAUUUUUGGUAAUGUUGGGAGCACAUUAAAUUUUUCUGAACAUUUCGGUAUUGUGGCUGAAAAUUGGUACAAAAAUUUUCCAAACGUACCCUAUGUUGGCUAUUAUAAAAUGAUGAAGCCGGCGGUUUUGCUACGUGAUCCUGAACUUAUUAAAGAUGUCACAACAACCAAUUUCAAUAGUUUUCGAAACAAUGAUGCUAACAUUAGUAAGCGAUUCGAUCCAUUAACAGCGACAAAUCCAUUCUUUUCGGAAGACGAUGAUUGGAAAGAGGGUCGUAAAUCAAUUUCUCCAAUGUUUUCACAAAACAGAUUGAAAAACAUACUGCCAGUGAUGAACGAAGUUGCUGAUGAUUUUAUUAAAUUUAUUAAAUCGUAUCCAACCAAUACGAAUUUCAAUGCAAAAGAUCUAUCAACCCGAUUUACGACGGAGAAUGUAAUAAAGACUGCAUUCAGCAUUGAUCCGGGUUGUUUUGAAAAAGAUGAGCAAAGUGAAUUUUUAAAAGUUGGCAAAGAUUUAUUUGCACCGUCGUUUUUAGUUGGUUUGAAGUUUUUGGCAAUUCCAUUUUUGCCAAAAUGGGCAUUUGAACUCAUACCAGUGCCAUUUGUUCCGCCAGCAAUGGAUACCUGGUUUCGGAAUCUUGUUCGUAUAAAUAAAAAUUCACGGUCAAAGGAUUAUCAAAGUAAUGACUUGUUCCAAACAUUGCUUCAAAUUCAAGAAAAACACAAUUUUGACGAAACAUUUUUAGCGGGUCAUUCACUAUCGUUUUUCAUGGAUGGUACAGAAACGUCAGCAAUUGCAUUAUCAUUUGUUUUAUAUGAGCUGGCUCAAAAUCCGCAGUGUCAAACAAUAUUAUAUGAAGAAAUUCUUAGAACAAUUACCAAAUAUGAUGGAAAAAUCACCUAUGAUGCACUGCAAGAAAUGACUUAUCUUGAAAGUAUCAUUUAUGAAGCAACAAGACUUCAUCCUCCAGCUUUAUACUUGGCAAAAUUAUGUAAUAAACCUUAUACUCUGCCGAAAAUUGCGAAUCAACAGAAACCAACAACCAUUCAACCUGGAACCAGUAUAACUAUUCCAAUCUUAGGAAUUCAUAUGGAUCCGAAAUACUACACAGAUCCAGAAAAGUUUAAACCAGAACGUUUUAACCAAGAAGAACAACGUAAUCGUCACAAAGAAACAUUCCUUACAUUCGGAGAAGGACCGAGAAUUUGCCUUGGAAUGCGAUUCGCCGUUCUUCAAAUGAAAGUCGCCUUGGUUCGAAUCGCUUUGAACCUGCAUAUUAAAUUGUCACCGCAACACAAACCAAUUGUUAUUGAUACGCAGUCGCUCUUACUAUAUCCAAAGGAUGGAAUUCUACUUCAAUUUGAAUCACGCCAAUAAACUUACACCGCAUAAGUCACACGUGCACAGUUUAAGUGGCAAAACCAAAGUUUGAUUGAUCAAUUAUGUUAUUUACACAUCGUUAUAACGUUGCAGUCUAAUAGAAUCACCCUUUCGCUCACCUUCGGUUGUUUUGUUCUCUUGUUUAUUCUGAACAAAAUUGUGCUGAUGAAUUGAAAUAAAUUAAUAUAGUCAAUAAUAUGUUUGACACAACUUGAAUGUUUGUCGCGUUUGACUUUGAAAUGCAAACUUUGAUUUUAUUUAGUAAAAUUGAAAAUGGUGACUCUUUCAAUUUUCAAUUUCUAAUUGAAACAUUAGAUUCAUUGUAAUGUCUACAAGUUACAAAAAAAUAAAUUGUAUGUUAAAAAGUU